AUGCCGUCAACGACCCCUGAUACCUUGGACAAUUGGUGGUGUCCUAUGAAUUCCGAGUACGCCUUCCUCGGGUUCAGUUAUGAGGUUACCGCAUGCCAAAGUUUGGAUCAACUCAAGACUGAGUUUGCUGACAUCCGCAACAACUUCGAUGGGAGAUACGUUCGCCUAUAUGGUGCGUGUGACAAUCCAGGUUUCUACGAUGAUGUCGUAGAUGCUGCAUGGGAAGCUGGCGUUGGAGUUCACGCUUUGAUUUGGUUUGGCUUCGAUGGUGGAGACGAAUGGCAGACCCGUCGCGACUCCCUUAUUUCCACCUUGACUAGCAACCCAAAGGCCAAAUUUGUCACACGUGGCGUUCAGUUUGGAUCGGAGCCCCUAUUUGAUAAUGUUCUCCCCCAUGAAGAGCUUGCCUCUCAGGUGCUGUUGGUCAAGACACAGCUUAGUGGGGUUAGCGUGCCUGUCACUGUCAGUGAGCUGGCUUUCGGCUACCAGGAACGCGGCGGCGCUCAAGAUGUGCUGGAUGCAAUUGACUUCAUCAAUAUUCACAUGUUGCCAUUUUUCUCUACGGAAGCAACAAGUGGUGCUGCUGCGUGGUCACAAGUACGGACGGACAUGAAUUGGUUCAUUCAGCAUGGCAAUGGCAAAAAGAUGUACUUUGACGAGAACGGGUGGCCUUCAGUCACUUCUCCGGGCGUUCAAGCCAACAGUGCCCUUGCCGUAGCAAGCAUUCCUAGCGAGUCGGCCUACUAUACCAUGCUCGACAGCCACUGUGAGGACCUUAAAAAUGCCCCCGGUGGUGGCAUCGGAUGGUUUGCACACAUUUACUCUGAAAGCCAAGAGCCGGGAUACGGGAUUUAUGCCAAUAACGGUCAACUCAAGUUUGAUUUCAAGCCGCGUACGUCUUGCUAG